GGCAGAUUUGAAAUGGAGAGUGUAUCUAGAAAUGAGCAACUCGAAGCUCAAAGAAACCAAUGAGAGCAUGAAGGAUGUCAAAACGAGAGAAAAAUGUUUUGUAAAGAUCAUAACUCUGCUUUAUGCAGAUAUCAUCUACAGCUGUACCACUUUGGGUGCUGUUAUUUUAUUGAUAUGAGUCCUGAAGAAAUUAUGCAAUCCUUUCAACCUUUGAAAACAAUCUUGACUAAGUUAGUUCAAUUUUUUAACGGAAAUCAAAGCUUAAAGAAGCUAAUCCCAAAGUAUGAGUCUAUUAUUGGAGAGCACAAAGCUACUCUUAAUUCCAUUCAGAAGAGGCUAGAUGAUUGCGUUCAAAACUCAAAGAGAGAUGACUUCCCUGAAAUAUAUUCUGACAUAAAUCGACUUCAAGAGACCAUAAUGAAGAGCAGUCUUUACUCUUCAUAUAAAGACCUUGUGUUCAAGAAGUACAUGGAGUCAGGAGUUUUCAUAGCUGAGCAAGCCAAGGUCAAAGAACUUGCUAGUCAAGAUUUGGAGCAGACAGAAACGGUUAAGCAACACUCUGAUGAGAAGUUGGAGUUUAGAGCAUACAAGUCCCAAGUGGAAAGCCUUGAAGAACUUAAAAGUGAGGAUACUUCAAAAGCAAUGGAAAAAUUAGUCAAGCUCGAGCAGAUCGAGAACCAGGUUCAGAAAAAAGAAGAUGAAAUAAGGGAACUGCAAGCUGCUAAAGAAGAUCUUGACAGAGAAUAUCUUGAAGAGGUCUGUAAUAUUACUACUGAAGACUCUAUUUCUAAAUCAAAGCUUGCCUCAUUUAUCUAUAAGUCUAUCUUUGGAGUUUCAAUGGAGUUCAACGAGCAUACUAUUUUACAUCUGAACAUGAAAGAUGAGAAAAACAGAAACUUUAUGGAAAUGAUCUCCAAAUGUAGAAUCAGACUUCCUUCAAUUAAGAAAGUAGACAUUCAAUACCCAAGUUCCUUUGAUAGCAUUUUAAGAGACUUCAUGAUGUACUCCUUCCCAAUCUCUUGCAGGCUAUUCCUCUUCAACUUGUCUUAUGAUGGAUGGCCGAAGAUGAGUUAUUACAGAGCUGCCUUUAAGGAUUGCUUACCUAGAGUUUCCAAGGAAAUUUAUUUCUAUUAUGUUGAUGCUAGCCAGAGAGACUUCGAAGAGAUCUUAAGCUCAAGCUGCAUAGCUGAGAGGCUUGUGGUGUAUUGGUCUAAAGUGGACACUUCAGGAAAGCUUAAGCUAAAGAUACCAUCAGAGUGUAACCUUGAGUAUAUCUCAUUGCAGUACACCGGACUAAGUGGAUAUAGUGAGUGGAGAACUUAUAAAAACAGAAUUGAAAACAUCAUCUCUGCAAUAAAGGACACUCAAUUAUCAGACUCAUUAAGAACUCUUAACGUAUACAACUGUGACUUAACUGCUUCAGAUAUCCAAAAGAUAGCUUCCACAUACAGUUUGCCUUAUCUCUCCAUCGUAGAUCACACUAAUGAUACUCCUCUGAAUGACUAAAACUU